GUUCAAAUCGGGAAAGCUAGGUGGAAACAGGCAGGGAAUGUAUAACUUUCAAACGAAUAUUUAUUAGAUCUGUUUGUCUUUCUUAUGUAAAAUAAUGCUUAUGAAUUAAAUACACACAUUCACACAUACCGCUUUUUCCUGUUACAGUACUCGAAGCUUUUCAGUACAGUGAGACUGGGAGACACCUGCUGGUCAGAAGGGGGAACAGCAGAGAUCUACUGCAGCGCUUUAUUUCAAAAACUGUUGUAAUGUCAUCAGAUGAGGAUGUUUCUCCACCCACACACUCGUAUUUGAUUGGUCAGCGCGAUGACAUCAUCAGAGCGAGCCGUGUAGUGACGAGUGUAAAUGGCAGAGAUGUGCUGGUUCUUCACCACCAGGGGAGCUGGGAGCUGUAUGCUCUGGAUUCACACUGCUACCAUGCAGGAGGUCCUCUACAGAAUGGAGACAUUGAGGAGGUGGCAGGCCGUGUGUGUAUUGUGUGUCCAUGGCAUAAAUAUAGGAUCAGUGUGUGUGAUGGCGAAGGUGUGUACCAGGCGGUGGAUCCUUCAGUGAAACCUCUAAAACCACGUUGGUGCUUCAAAGGGGUCAAACAGAGAGUUCACAAGGUCACAGAGGUCAAAGGUCGUGUGUACAUCACCCUGAACACCUCAGCUGAACACCUCGAGUCUGACCAUUACCAGACCCCAAAGUACAGAGAAACACUACACAGGAACAGGAAGUGACAUCACAUAGAGUGGUGUGCAGCCCUACACUUCCUGUUUGUCCUAAUGUACAGAGCUGAGGUCAAAGGUCAUAUAGGUAAACUCAUCUCUGAUUUUCUUUUUUUUUUCUUUUACGGUAAUUUUAUUUGCGUUAUUACUAAAGUUUUGGCAGUCUGAUUUUCCACUUCCAAUCCUGACCAUGGUGUGAGUGUAAACAGGAAGUGAGCUGUUACACACUACCAGAACAGCAAUGGUUAUGGUUAGAAUCAAAUCAUCUAAUGUUUCAUUUUUCUGAUUAUUACAUUAGCUUUAUUCCACAGCUGUACAGAAAUCCAGAUGUGGAUCAUGUGGAGUGAGUCAGAGGUGAAAAUGGUGACCAAAAACUUCAGCUAUCAAAUUAAGUUGAAACAUCAGAAGAAGCCAAAGUUCCUGAAGUGAUUGAACCCCAACAGUAUUUUUCAUUUAAGACUGAAAGCUCCAGAAAGUUUCGCCCAUGAUGACCUCAAUGUGACCAAGGUGAUGGUUAUGCUAGAAGAUCUGCCAGAAGUGAUAUUAUCUCCAGGAUUAGAAACACACACACACACACACACACACACACAAUUUACCUUAAUUAUUAAGUUCUGUAAAGCUCCUUUGACACAAUGUCCAUUGUAAAAGACGCUAUAGAAAUAAACGCUUUAGAAAUAAACUUGACUUGACUCACACACACACACACACACACACACAAUUAAACAAAUUAUACAACAGUGUACAAGGGAUUUAUUGAUCAAAAUUAUAAAUAAAUAUCAAAAUAAUAAUACAUUUUUAUAAUAAAGUAUAAAUACAGAA